GGGUCACUGUAAGGGAGGAGGAUGCGGUCAAUGUUUGGCGACCAGGAAGGAGCGACAAGGACAACUUUCGACCGAGACCAAUAAUCGUCCGACUAACAAGACGCGCUCUUCGUGAUGAAAUUUUGCACAGUUCUAGGAUUCGUCGACAUACUCCUGAAAGCCCUGGAUCUCUCCAGACUGCUCCCAGAAUCUAUGUUAAUGAACGAUUAACUAAAUUUAACCGGCUUUUGUUGCAAAAAACGCGUGAAAAUGCGAAGAAGCUGGAAUGGAAAUUUACCUGGGUCAAGAAUGGUAGGGUUUUUGUUCGGAGGACCGAGGGGUCUAAGGUGAAGGUUAUAAGAACUGAAGAUGAUAUAAACAGUGUUUUUGGAUCUCAGCCUCUUAAUAAUCCAUGUAUAUAG